AUGCCAUCGCGUCGGUCACAUCGCAAGUCUCGUCAUGGAUGCAUUGCCUGCAAAAGGCGAAGAGUCAAGUGUGAUGAGCGUCAGCCGGAAUGCAGCAAUUGUUUGAAUCGCAGCACUGAAUGUGUCUACGCUCCGAGGGAUGAGUGCAUGCAGCCUCCACAGACCGAGAACUCGUCUGGUCGCCGCAAAUCACCCACUACGUCUUCGACUCCAUCAUCAUUAGGCUGGAUGGGCAGCAGCGAUCCUCUUCCGCAAGCCCCCGAGCUAAAUCUUAACAAUAUGGAACUGCUUUUGCAGUGGUGCUCUUCGACAUACGCCACCAUGGCCCACGACCAGCAGUUCGAAGAUCUAUACCGAUGGGUGUUGCCAAAGGAGGGCUUAGAGUAUCCAUUUGUCCUGCACGGCUUACUAGCAUUAUCUGCUCUCCAUAUCGCUCGCACUAGCGAUCCCGUCGCUAGGACCCGCUACUUCUCAAUCGCAUUGGAGCAUCAAAACCGAGCACUCGCUUUAUUCCGACCUGUCCUUCCUUCCAUCAGCCGUGAAAAUAGCCACCCCAUCUUCUUAUUUGCCAGUUUACUUCUGCAAUUGGCGUUCGCCAUUCCUCCUUGUUCUCCGCUCAUGGCGAACCACGACUCUGUACAGGACCUCAUCCAGGCAUUUACACUAUGCAGAGGGCUUCGAGAGAUUCUGGGCGCAUCAUGGAACUGGGUCAGAGAAGGGAAGUUGGCGGAUGUGUUCACCCAAGUGGAUGACACCAAACAUUGGCCUCUACCCGAAACCGUUGAGGUUGCCCUAUCCCAGCUGAAGUCACUCAAUGAGACUCGGGGCGGACAAUUUGGGGACCAUGACGUGGACUGCUACGAUACGGCUAUCAGUCAUUUGAAAGACAUGAUGGAGAUCUACCAAGAUAAGCCGCGCCGUGUCGAAUUGGCCCUGCGGUGGCCUUUCGGCCUUGAAUCCAGAUACCUGAAGCUUCUUAAAGAGAAUGACCCAAUGGCACUAGUGAUACUAGCUCAUUAUUGCCUUGUACUUCAUCAUUUCAGGCACCAUUGGUGGAUGGAGGGUUGGAGCUUACGCGUCGCGCGCAGUAUUUGGGAUCACCUGCAUGAGUCCUGGCGACCAUAUGUGUCCUGGGUCGUAAACGAGGUGGGCUUAGAGGUGUGA